AUGGCCUCAGCGGACGACCCCCGUACAUUUAACUGGCUCGAUUAUGCCCAAGAUUCCACUCGUCAUCUAGAUAUCAAGCUCGAGUCCUCUUCAGACCCGACAGCACUCUCUUUGUUGUCUCCGCCUUCCUCACCUUCCUUUCUUAAGCCCUCAAAGUCUCUCGCUGACCUCCAGCCUUCUCGCAGACGCCCAAGUCCACUGGACGUUGCUUCAAAGCGAGCUAAACCAUACCCGCUGUUGACUCGCGAAGUCCGCCAAAGAGGGGAAGAUCCCUGCAGAAUGUCCAAUCAGCAGUACGGCAUUCCUCCGUCUUCAGGGAUGAGAGCGGGGUCCGGUAGAGCGCAAUAUCCAGACCAAAUGGGACAAGUUCGUAGGCCAUCAGACGAUGGCUCCCAUGUUUCAUCGUCCACGUCGCCUUAUGCGCUUGCAGGCGCUGUUCCGCCGCCCCCUUUUCCAGCUCGUAGAUCACAGUCAUCUAGCUCUAAUAUGGCUACUUCCAGUCUAACUGGUGCAAUGGGGGACACAAACUUUCGUAUCAGCUCACAGGGCAGCAUGAACUGGGCAUCAAGUCAGCAGAACUUUCCAGUGGGCACUUCUCAGCAUGUUUACUCGGGAGGCCCCGACCACAGUGGAAAUCCACAUUUCCAAGCCUCUCCUACGGGAUCCAUUGAAAGCCCUUCAGCCCCGUAUCAUUAUCCACAGUAUAUUACAGGGCAGCACCAUCCAUCGCCAGGCUCAUUAUCUCCUAUUUCUCCUGGAUUUGGCCCUUCGUACUCGGGGCAAAUCCCUCUUUCUCAAGGUCGCUCACAGCAGCCAGGCCCUUCUCGCGGGCCUUUGCCAAAUGUUCAGCCCGACGCUUACACUGCUGUCCCUGGGAGGGUCGGUCAGCCUUCAGCGUACCCGGAUCCCCAUCUCCGACCUCGGACCACUCGGCCCACGCAAGAAAGAGCGGAUGACGAAAUCCAGCAGUUGCACAGAAGGAUUCGUGAGCUCGAGCUUAUGAAUGAGAAGGAGCGCAGCCGCGUCAGGGAACUAGAACAAGAACUCGCCACCCAGCAAAUUGUCACAACCGGCGGCUUUAACCAGGAUGUGAUCAUGAGUAGCCUUCCUUCACCGUUACCUACACCUUCUCCUCAAGCCGCGACAUUCCAAGCAUCCUGGAAGGCACGCACUGAUGCUCGUACCAGACUCUUCUGUUCGCUCAAUCGUGCAGGUAAUGCCCUAUGUGCGUGGCACGACUCGCGUCGCGAGCGUCGAGCCUACCCUCCGCGAAUGGCUCCUCCAGGCCACUUGAAUUGUGGCUGCACCUUUGAGGAAGCACUUUUCGAAGAAAGUCUUUCACGUCAUAAUGUGGGGAGCUAUCACCCAGGCGAGACUGUCCGCAUGGAUCCUGCUUUGCGCAAUCCCCUUCUCAGGCUAUUGCAGCAAAGGUACGGAUACCGAGAUGGCGAUUUCGAACGGAACCCUGUCACUGGAGACUGGGUCGAAGGCGAGGGUCAUACCUACUGGGAGCAGAAGGGGCUCUCAGGGUCGGCAAGCUCCCGAAAAAGUAGAUCUGGCGAUGAUCGCCGUUGA